AAUUAGGGUUUCUCCACCAUCCUAAUCUCCAGGGAAGCAAAAGCAGUGCGGUUUACAGGCAGCAGCAGCCAAAUCCAAAAUGGUGGAGAAAGGUAGCAAGGUGAGGAAGGAGGAGGUCGUCUCCAGGGAGUACACCAUCAACCUCCACAAGCGCCUCCACGGAUGCACCUUCAAGAAGAAGGCUCCAAAUGCUAUUAAGGAAAUCAGAAAGUUUGCCCAGAAAGCCAUGGGAACUACAGAUGUGAGAGUUGAUGUCAAGCUGAACAAGCAUAUCUGGAGCCGUGGCAUCCGCAGUGUUCCGAGAAGGAUUCGUGUCCGAAUUGCUAGAAAGAGGAACGAUGACGAGGAUGCCAAGGAGGAGCUCUACUCUUUGGUGACUGUUGCCGAAAUUCCAGAAGGGGGCUUGAAGGGAUUGGGCACCUCAGUCAUUGAGGAGGAAGAGUAAACUUUUUUUAUGAUAUAGGCACUUGCUAUGUUUCAAUUUUGCCUUACUCUAGGAUCUUUAUGUUUGACUCUUAAUCAAUUCAAUCUGUUUUGUGCUACAUUUGUACGACAUUUGGAAUGUUUUGGGCUACAUUUGUGCGACAUUUGGAAUGCAUUCACUGUGUUUUUUGUU